UCUGAACAGGAAAAAGUAAUUCUUCAAAAAGAAAUAUGUAUUCAAAAUUAUGAUAUAGUUAUGCUCCAGCAAAGGUUGACUACUCAGAAUGCAAAACUUUCAACCUUGGAAGAAUUUUUGAUGAAGCUAAAAAGCUGCUUCUCUGAUGCUGCUGAUUACUUGUCAACUGCCAUCAGUACCUGUGAAUGUGAUUUUCAGGAAUAUCAGUGGAAUGGUAUGUUAUUCCAAAGAAGUAACCGUGUAAGUGAAGAUUCCAACUGCAACUUAAAUACUAAGUUACCAUCAGACGCUCUGCCCAAAUUUGGAAUUGAAGGAAGAUACAAAACUAACGCCAUCCUGGAUGAUAAAAUAGAUUCCUUGAAACAAGCUGUAGUAGUUCCAGUAGAGGAUUCUAUGUCUUCGGCUACUGGACCAACACGUCAAACUUUUACUGUGAAUUUCCGUGAAAAUGUCAAUGAACCAAAUAAAUACAGUGAGCAAACUGAAUUUGGGCAACAUAAUCAAGAUACUGUUUCAAAUCAUGCCUGGCAUCCUCAGAAUUGUGAAAUAUCUUCCAUGAAUAACUUUCCUGUUCCACACACAUCAUUUACUGAGCAAAUGCCUGAAAUUCAGCAGAAUGAAACUAUAGUUGCAUGUCAAAAUGUCACCUUAAGAAAGAAAGAUUCAUGUUCCCGAAGUUCUAAAAUAUCUCUGGAAUUACUGGAGAAAAAAUGUACUUCCUUGGCAAGAGAAUCUUGUUCAAGAAAUUCUAAAAUCAGUGAUAUUCCUGAUUUUCACAGAAUAAGUUUGGGUGGACCAAAAAUUGAAAUUUCUCCAAUGCCACAUAUCUCACAUCCUUCUGAUCCGCAGAAGUGUGGCACAAACCUGAUUACUGAAGAACAGUCAGUUGAGCAACAGAAACCUGAAGUGACUGUCCUUGAUGCAGAAAUGGAUCUAACUACAAGUGAAGCUGUAGAAAUUGUUACUGUUGGAACAAAUUCUACAAUGGACAGAACGAAAAAAACUGGAAGAGAUAAUAUGGAAGUUGAAACAACCUCCAAGAGUCUGGCAACUCUGCGAAAAGUAAAACAAACUAAGGGAAAAAAAUCCAACAGUGCUCAAAGAAAUUGCAACAUUGAUUCUCAGCUGUUUGAAAAGACACAAAGAAAGUGUUCUGAGGAAUUUUCUGUCUUUGACCAAAACUGUAUAAAUAGUAAUGAGGAGCCCAAUGUUAGUAUUCCAAGCAGUGAACUGAAUAAUUGGCUAGUGCACAAGCAGAAUAUCCACCAAAAUGAUCAUAAGGAAGGUAGUCAGGUUGAAAGUGCUUCUAAAAAUAAUAUAAACAGUAUGAAAGAAACAAUUGAGAAAAAGACAUUUAAAAUUCAUAACAGCAUUAAGGACAGCUCAUGUAAUUUAUUUGCCUCGAGGGCGAUUGAAAUUUAUAAUAAACCAGAGAGGAAUGAAUGUCUAAAUAAUGAGGAAGAGAGCAGAGGAAUUUCAAAUGCUUUGCAAGGAAAAUUCAGGAAUGUAAAAGAAAAGGUUGAAUUUGGAACAUUUACUGUGUUGAAGUAUCACAAUGCUGAGGAAAGUACAUCUAAUCUAAUUAAACAGCAAACAGUAGAGCAUGAAGUGGAAAUGGCUAAACAUCCAGUAUUAGAAGAUUACAGGAAUUUAAAUAACAAGAGCACUAGCCGAAGGACAUUUUUGGUGACAGGGAGCAUUAAAGAUAAUUCGCCUAAAGCAGUUGGUAAGAAAAAGCUUGGAAAGCAGAGUGUCGUGGUAACAAAUGAAUAUUCAGAUAAUUUAGAGGGUUGCAGGACCUCUUAUGUGACAGAAGAAAAUACUAGCAUUAAAGGCAAGACUGACCGAAGGACAUUUGUAGUCACAGAAAAACACAACAGCAUUAAAGAUAUUUCACCUAAAUCAUUUGGACAGGAGAAACUUAAAAAGCAGAGUGUGAUGAUAACAAAUGAAUAUUCAGAUAGUUUGGAGGAGGGUUGCAAGAACUGUAAUGCUUCAGGAAAAAAUAUUGAUAACAAAAGUAAGGCUAACCGAAGGACGUUUGUUGUAUGUAAACGCCACCGGACCAUUAAAGAAGAUUCAACAAAUUCAUUGUUAUGGCAUGAUGGCAAAGAGCAAAAUGAAGUGGAGAUGGUUGAGUGUUUAGGUAACUUAAAAGUUAGCAAUACAAAUAAUAUUGAUAACCAAAAGAUGAUUGUAGUGCUUAAAAGGGGCAAAAAAUCAUCCAAACAAGAAAAAAUUAGAAAUAAGCCUGAAAUUACGAUGGCUGAAUCUUUGGAUAAUCUGGAAGAAACCAGCAAGAGUUAUAAUGACUUAGAAACAAAUAUUGAUAACAAAAAACGCAAAUCUAACAUGGCUGCAGUGCACAAAAAACGAAAGAAAUUUGAACAAAAUUUCUCUGACCUAAUUAAAGAAGAGAAAGAUGAUGAACCAUAUACAAUAACUGAAUGUUUGCCUUGCACAGAAGGGAACAGUGAAACUUCUAUCAUGCAACAAGAUUAUAUAAAAGGAAUAGAUGACCAAAGGACAGUUGUGGCAAACAAAAUACUGGAAAAUAUUGAAAAUCUACCUAAUCUAAUUGUGGAAAAUCAAAAUGAAGAGCAAAUGGAUGUAAAUCAGCACUUGAAUAGAAACAGGAAAAACUGCGAUCCAAAUGCAGGUGUUUCUCCAGAAAAUUAUUGCAAUGUGAAGAAAAGAUUGGAAAGAACAAUUGCAGUUUGCAAAAAUAUUGAAGAUCCAGCUUGCUCAAUACUGUCAGCAAGAAAAACAUUACAGUAUGAAAUCAAGAAGGAACGAGCAGAGUGUGAGCAGAACACCCACAAAAUUUUAAAUCCUGAUCGCAUAACUACUUCAAACAAAGAAAGCCAACUUGUGGGGGAAAUCUCUAGAAAUAGCUCUAAUGAAUCUGUCACAUCUGUGGGUGUAACAACUGCAAAGUGCCCGAGAGUUCAAGUGAAAAAAGAAUGGGAAGUUCUAAAGGAUGUGACAAAUGUAACCCAGAACAAACUUGGUUGUCAGUCACAACUCACUAAAGAAAACCAAGGUCUUUUCAGUUCACGAAGCAAACGUCAAGCUACUGCAGUGUUAACUUAUAAAGAACCUGCAAUAGGCAGAAAACUACGUCGAGGGGAUCAAUUUACAGACUCAAGCUUUCUCUGCUCACCUGUAUAUAAAAAUAAGAAAAGACAAAGACGCAGUGUUCAAAAAGUACACAAAUGAAGAUAUAGGGAAAAUACAACAUCACCACUGAAUUUCAACUUUUGACAAAUUUCAGAUUGAGAAAUAACACUUGCACUUCCUGCAUUUUAAAAAUUUCUCUGAAAUUGUCAUGGCUAUCUACAUGCAGCCUAUACAGAAAUGUAUUUCUUAUGUAAUGCCAUUACUGUUCAUGUUUAUAUCUAACUUAGCACAGGAGAGCUUUCUAGUUGUUCCAAGAAAAUAUGCAAAACUGUUUAGGAUUCUCUAUCCACUUUUGAAUCUUAAAGCUGCAUGGUAACUUUGCUCUUUUUAAGCUGUCUAUCAAACUGAGUUGCCAUUUUCAUUGUAAACAUACUUAAAAAACAGUAAAAAUAUUAAUAAAAACCACUAAUUAAUG